UUUUUCGUAUGUGCACGUGUUAACACCUUUUGACCUGACAUCAAUACGUGGAAUGCUUGCGCUUUAGAGACACUUGGUGAGGUUGGGCCAACACUUAAUUCGUCGCUGCAGACCACCUGUUUGGCGAUGACGCUCUGCCUCACCCUCUCCGUCGUUGCCACUGUUGGCGCUGUCGUCUUCUUCCACUUCUACAACGCGGACGAAAAGGCGCUUACGCGAACCUGCGGGGACAUCACGACCUGGGGCGAGGGCUACCUCAAAGGCAAGUUCGAGUCCUGCCUCAAUUCUACGAUAUGUGUGGGCAGCAGAUGCGUGGAGGAGGGCGCCGUCACAUGCACCUCGCCGAUACCAUAUUUCGAGGGCAGGUGCCACUGCUGCGACUGGUGCCUCCUGCGGACGCUCGCGUGUAUCGACAAGGACCAGGACCGGGGAAGCUUCUACUACUGCGAAAACAUUUGCAAGCACCUGUGAAUCCGUCGCCAGACCCGUGCGAAGAACGAAGUGCCCGGGAAGUUCGAUCGCGCUCUACUCUAUGCGCACACGAUGCUAUUGGGCACAUAUGUACACCAUCGUGUAAUUCCCUCGACGCGUUUAUUUUUUUGUGUGUGUGUGUUUGUUUGUGCCGCGUGUGGGUAGGUUUAAUGUAAAGAUAAAGUCGUUUUGUUGAAGACAGCGUC